AUGGAGUCGGCACCAUGGCGCCCCUUGUUCGAAGAGCAUGUUCAAGCCGCAGGCAGCCCACUGCUAUCGCUGGCAACUGUAUUCAAGGGCAUAAACGGCAAUCCAUUCCCUCGGGUAAGGACCUGUGUUCUCCGGGGCUUCUUUGCUGGCCUGCAGCUACAUCCCAAUGCAAAGCGUGACCUGAAGUUGGCUUCAGGGCGUUCAGCUAAUGACGAAAGUGACGACGAAGAUGCCUCGUAUCUGAAUCCGAGGAAGUAUGAAAGUGACCUAUUGAGUAUUACCACCGAUGCUCGAUCUGGGAAGGUCAAGCAUAUCCUAUCUGGCAACGAAGUUGGUGGACCGGUGGAAUGUCUCCUUUGGUCACCCAAGGCCUUUGCACAGUGGAGAAUCAAGGGGAAGGCAUACGUUGUGGGCGGAAGUUGCUCUGAUACGAUGGAGCUGAAGGCCAGACAAGAGGUUGAACAAUAUUUGCGGCUAAAAGAAGAUACGGACAAGCCGUGGAGUUGGGAAAAGGAGAUGACCACUCAGUUUGCCAACCUGUCUCCUGCCAUGAGAGACACAUUCAGACAAGCUCUUCCCGGCUUACCAAAGUCAGGGCCGGCACCAGAGCUACAGGAUAGCGGAAAGGGGCUCGUCGACCUGACCGACCCCGUGGCAAGGAAGAACUUCAGGGUUGUGGUUAUCAAGCCAGAAGAGGUCGAAUAUAUCCACGAUGAAGGCCCCGGGAAUAUAAGGAAUGAGAGAUUCAGAUGGAAGCUGGACAGUCAGCUGUACCUGGUCAAUGUCGACAUGUCCUGCUCUUUGGAGUCUCCUUUCCCCCCUUUAGUGCAUGUCAAAGCAACAACACAGCAACACAGCUCGCUUAAUGCCCAGCCUCCCUCACACAGAUAUCUUCUCCUUCUUCUAACUCUUCUUCCUCUCUCUCCUUCUCUCCUCUCCUCUCUGAGCAGUCUUUCAGUCCAGAUCACAGCCUACAGCCCGGGUGUCAACGCAGCAUUUGAUUGUCUUGUCUGA